AUGCAGAGGACAAGUGGGGCGAACCCGACUUACUCCUCCUCGAGCGCCAAUAGUCUAGUUUUUGGUGAAGGUGUUGUUAAUGAUGCCACAUCUGUUGUGCUCUUCAAUGCAAUUGAAAACCUUGAUAUUGCUAAUUUUGAUGCUAUUGUUCUGUUGAAUUUCGUCGGAAAAUUUCUCUACCUGUUCUUCACCAGCACCAUACUUGGAGUAGCUACUGGGUUGCUUAGUGCGUACAUUAUCAAGAAGCUCUGUUUUGCCAGACAUUCAACUGAUAGAGAAGUUUCUAUCAUGAUACUCAUGGCAUACCUUUCGUACAUGCUGUCAAUGCUGUUGGACCUGAGUGGCAUUCUUACUGUCUUCUUCUGUGGAAUAGUAAUGUCACAUUACACUUGGCAUAAUGUGACAGAAAGUUCUAGGGUUACCACUAAGCAUACUUUUGCAACUUUAUCAUUCAUUGCAGAAAUUUUCCUCUUCCUCUAUGUUGGGAUGGAUGCAUUGGACAUUGAGAAGUGGAAAUUAGCUAGUAGCAGAUUCCUCAUUGAACCAGAAUACCAGAUCCUCGGGGAGUAG